UAAAAACUACGAACACUCAUAUGUCUCUUAUUGUUCAGAAAUGGCACCUCGUAAGGGCAAGGAGAAGAAGGAAGAACAGGUCAUCAGCUUGGGACCACAGGUUGCUGAAGGAGAGAAUGUGUUUGGCGUUUGCCACAUCUUUGCCUCCUUCAAUGACACUUUCGUCCAUGUGACUGAUCUGUCUGGCAAGGAAACCAUCUGCCGUGUGACCGGUGGGAUGAAGGUGAAGGCCGACAGGGACGAGUCCUCUCCCUACGCAGCCAUGCUGGCAGCCCAGGACGUUGCCCAGAGGUGCAAGGAGCUGGGCAUCACCGCCCUGCACAUCAAGCUGCGUGCGACUGGGGGCAACAGGACCAAGACUCCUGGACCUGGUGCCCAGUCAGCCCUGAGAGCUCUGGCUCGCUCUGGAAUGAAGAUUGGCCGCAUUGAGGAUGUCACCCCCAUCCCCUCCGACAGCACUCGCAGGAAGGGUGGUCGCCGUGGACGUCGUCUGUAACCAGCACAGCACCUUCUGUUAUUAAAGCUCUCUUAAACCUCUCUU